AUGGUGGUGAAGAAGAAGAAGAAGAAGAAGAAGAAGAAGAUGAAGAAGAAGAAGAAGAAGAAGAAGGUGAUGAUGAUGAUGAUGAUGGUGGUGGUGGUGGUGAUGAUGAUGAUGAUGAUGAUGAUGAUGAUGAUGAUGAUGAAUCGAAAACAUACGUUUGUUGGACUUGGACUCUUAAAUGGUGGUUUUCUUUUGAAAGAGGACAUUGAUCGCGGCCCACAACAAUCAGAAACCUUGUAA